UACACUACUAAGUUAUUUUUACCAAUAUUGGUCCAAGGCUGGGAGUGUAGAGACCAAUGCAAAAAGGCUCGAAUUUCAAUAUUGGCCCAAUAUUCAAAAAGACAAAAAAUCAAACUUCAGCCAAGAUUAAAAAAAUUAAUUAUUAAAACUGAAAUAUAAUAAAAAAUUUUGUUAUAUUUAUAUAUUAUAUUUUAUUAUAUAUAAUAACAUUAUCAUUUCCCUUCGGAUCAAGGGUUAUAUAUAAAAUCAUCCGCAAUAAACGGUGAAACGGAUACUUAUACCCUAACCGAUUGAUGUUGUUUGUGAGAGAGAAAAACACUGCUAUCUGGCGGAUAGUUGGAAAAUUAACGUAGCGCGAAAUUCAACCUGCAUGAAGGAAAAAUUAUGUAUUACUUUGCAAUUUUAUUUUGCACUCUUUUUGUGCCCUUCGCUCAAUCGCUCCAUGUACCAUCUGUUGUACAGUUUGAGAAUAAAAGCGAAAUAUCUGAAUUUAAUAAAAUCAUUGAUACAAAUUCUGAAUCUAUACCAGACAAGCAGAACAAUUUUAAAUCACGGCUCAUUAGACAGGCGUUACCAAUGCUAGUUUAUCGACCAAGGACAAAUUUUCGACCAAUCUCAUAUCCUCCACAAACAUCAUCCAAACCAAUAACUCUUACUACAGGUCCAGCGAUCUCAUAUCCUCCACAAACAUCAUCCAAACCAAUAAUUAUUAAUACAGGUCCAGCGAUCUCAUAUCCUCCACAAACAUCAUCCAAACUAAUAACUAUUACUACACGUCCAGCGAUCGCGAGCUGUUGUUUGCCAAGUGGAAAGUAUAAAAUUAAAAUUUGCAUGAGUUUAGAUUGUACAAUUGUAACAUGUGACAAUGGAAACUGUACACAUAAAGACACAGGAAGUAUCAGUAACGAAGAAAAUCUUAGGUUCUGCAAAUAUUAAUCUUUCCUUUUGAUAUAGAAAAUAAAUCUGGAAAAACUAACAAACCUGGUUUGUUAAAAAAUUUUUUGUUCUUCUAAUAAUUCGAAAUUAAUAUAUAUAAUUAGAAAUAAUUACUAAUAUCUGUUAAUUUCUGUGUAGUUAAAUUAAUUAUGUGACGUAUUUAAUAAAGAUAUAAUUUAAAAAAUGAAAUAA